UUAAAAAACCAAUCCCCCUACUUUCUUUCUGCCUUGUCCGAAAGCCCCAGCCGCAAAGAAAACCAGGCGACUGAAACCAAACAAGAGAUUGUUUUUUCGCUUUGGGCACUUCUGCUUCGACGGCACCGUCGUUGUCACUGCCUCUAUGUGUUUUCCGCUUUUGUUUAGAAUCAAGAAGUGUAGAUCUCCAAUUUCGUUCGGUCUUGUUCGUGUUGAUGGUUUUUUUCUUUGGAAUAAAAUAAUGGGCUAUGGUUGCCAUCAUAACGUGUAUUAGUAGCAGUAGUGCUGCUGUAUUUGGUCACGACUAAGUCUCUCUCUCUCCCCCUCUGCCAAAGCCAGUUUGAUGGCACGAUUUCGUUGAAUCCUUCAGAGGGAUUUGUUAAACAAAGAAAAAGCGUUCUCUGUUCAAACGUCGGAAGCGGAAGAUCUGAGAUUUUUAUAGUUCCCCUUUCUCUGUCAAGGGAUCAAGCCCGGUGGUGUUAACCAAUGGCGUCUAAACAAUUUGGUAAGAGUAGAUCCAAUAUAUCCACCAGCUCUGAUGCUGCUGAAGCCGGGAGGCCACCUGUCCCUCCGUCAGUGACAUUUGCCCGGAGGACAUCGUCUGGUCGGUAUGUGAGUUACUCAAGGGAUGAUCUUGACAGUGAACUGGGCAGUGUGGAUUUCAUGAACUACACAGUCCACAUACCCCCAACCCCGGAUAACCAGCCCAUGGACCCGUCCAUCUCCCAGAAAGUCGAAGAGCAAUAUGUCUCCAACUCCUUGUUUACGGGUGGGUUCAACAGUGUCACACGGGCUCAUCUCAUGGACAAGGUGAUCGAGUCUGAAGCAAAUCAUCCUCAGAUGGCCGGUGCCAAAGGAUCAUCUUGUGCGAUCCCCGGUUGCGAUGCUAAGGUUAUGAGCGAUGAGAGGGGGCAAGAUAUUCUCCCUUGUGAAUGUGAUUUCAAAAUAUGUAGGGACUGCUAUGUAGACGCGAUCAAAACGGGUGGUGGGAUCUGCCCCGGGUGUAAGGAGCCUUACAAGAACACGGAUUUGAGUGACCUUGCUCCUGAUAGUAGCCGGCCUCCUCUUCCGCUUCCUCCUCCGGCUGGCAUGUCGAAAAUGGAGAGAAGACUGUCACUGAUGAAGUCAACUAAGUCAGCUUUGAUGAGGAGUCAAACGGGGGAUUUUGAUCACAACAGGUGGCUAUUUGAGACGAGCGGGACAUAUGGGUAUGGAAAUGCUUUCUGGCCAAAGGACGGAAAUUUCGGGAGUGGUAAGGAAGGAGAUGGAGAUGCUGUGGAACCACAGGACCUGAUGAGCAAACCCUGGAGACCGCUUACCCGAAAGUUGAAAAUUCCUGCUGCUGUUAUUAGUCCAUACAGGCUCUUGAUAUUUAUCCGGAUAGUGGUUCUUGGACUGUUCUUGACAUGGAGGGUUAAGCAUCAAAACAAGGAUGCGAUAUGGCUGUGGGGGAUGUCUGUGGUCUGUGAAAUUUGGUUUGCCUUUUCUUGGCUUCUUGACCAGCUCCCUAAGUUAUGUCCGGUUAAUCGUGCUACCGAUCUUAAUGUCCUGAAGGACAAGUUUGAAACACCUACUCCCAGCAACCCAACUGGAAAAUCCGAUCUCCCUGGAGUUGAUGUUUUUGUCUCUACUGCAGAUCCAGAGAAAGAACCUCCUCUUGUCACUGCUAAUACCAUCUUGUCUAUUCUAGCAGCUGAUUAUCCGGUUGAGAAGCUCUCAUGCUAUGUUUCCGAUGAUGGAGGAGCCCUUCUUACAUUCGAAGCCAUGGCUGAAGCUGCAAGUUUCGCAAACAUGUGGGUCCCGUUCUGUCGCAAACACAACAUCGAGCCAAGGAACCCGGAAUCGUACUUCAGCUUGAAAAGGGACCCUUACAAGAACAAGGUGAAGCCCGAUUUUGUGAAGGACCGUAGGCGGGUGAAGCGUGAGUAUGACGAGUUCAAGGUCAGGAUUAACAGUUUACCGGAUUCUAUCCGACGCCGGUCUGAUGCUUAUCAUGCCCGUGAGGAAAUCAAGGCUAUGAAGAUGCAAAGGCAAAACCGAGACGAUGAUGAGCCUGUAGAGCCUGUUAAGAUUCCCAAAGCCACUUGGAUGGCAGAUGGCACCCAUUGGCCUGGAACUUGGUUGCAUCCUUCUCCUGACCAUUCCCGUGGUGACCAUGCCGGUAUCAUUCAGGUGAUGUUGAAGCCUCCGAGUGAUGAGCCAUUGAAUGGAACGUCAGAAGGGUUUCUUGAUCUGUCAGAAGUGGAUAUCCGUCUUCCGCUCCUUGUUUAUGUUUCCCGUGAGAAGCGUCCUGGUUAUGAUCAUAACAAGAAAGCUGGAGCCAUGAAUGCCCUUGUCCGAGCUUCUGCAGUCAUGUCCAACGGGCCAUUCAUACUCAAUCUUGACUGCGAUCACUACAUCUACAACUCUCAGGCUAUGAGAGAAGGCAUGUGCUUCAUGAUGGACCGGGGAGGUGACAGGAUCUGUUAUGUUCAGUUCCCGCAACGGUUCGAAGGUAUUGACCCGUCAGAUCGGUAUGCUAAUCACAACACCGUCUUCUUUGAUGUGAACAUGAGAGCUCUCGAUGGGCUUAUGGGUCCUGUUUACGUCGGUACUGGUUGCCUCUUCAGAAGAAUUGCUCUGUAUGGUUUUGACCCGCCUCGAUCCAAAGAACAUAGUUCCGGUUGCUGCAGUUGCUGUUUUCCUGGUCGCAAGAAGCAGUCUCAUGUCCCCGAGGAGAACCGAGCCCUGAGGAUGGGCGAUUCUGACGAUGAGGAGAUGAAUCUCUCUUUGAUCCCGAAGAAGUUCGGGAACUCGACAUUCCUCAUUGAUUCCAUCCCGGUUGCCGAGUUCCAAGGCCGUCCUCUUGCCGAUCACCCGGCUGUCAAAAACGGGCGCCCGCCCGGUGCCCUUACCAUUCCCCGUGAGCUUCUUGACGCAUCAACAGUUGCAGAGGCUAUAGCCGUGAUCUCUUGUUGGUAUGAGGACAAAACCGAGUGGGGAACUCGUAUCGGUUGGAUUUAUGGCUCUGUGACAGAAGAUGUGGUCACCGGGUAUAGGAUGCAUAACCGAGGCUGGAAAUCCGUUUACUGUGUGACGAAGCGUGAUGCUUUCCGAGGCACUGCUCCUAUCAAUCUGACAGAUAGGCUUCAUCAAGUUCUCCGAUGGGCAACUGGCUCUGUCGAGAUUUUUUUCUCCAGGAACAACGCAUUUCUCGCCAGCCCGAGAAUGAAGAUACUUCAGAGGAUUGCUUACCUCAAUGUCGGGAUUUACCCUUUCACCUCCAUCUUCCUCAUCGUCUACUGCUUCCUCCCUGCACUGUCACUCUUCUCGGGCCAGUUCAUCGUCCAGACCCUCAACGUGACGUUCCUCAGCUACCUUCUCAUCAUCUCCAUAACCCUUUGCCUGCUGGCUCUCCUCGAGAUCAAAUGGUCGGGAAUUUCGCUCGAAGAAUGGUGGAGGAACGAGCAGUUUUGGCUCAUCGGAGGGACGAGCGCCCACCUCGCUGCAGUUCUUCAGGGUCUGCUCAAAGUCAUUGCAGGAAUCGAAAUCUCGUUCACUCUUACGUCGAAAUCUGCAGGUGAUGAAAACGACGACGAUUUUGCCGAUCUCUACAUAGUGAAAUGGACAUCGCUCAUGAUCCCGCCCAUCGUCAUCAUGAUGGUGAAUCUCAUCGCCAUUGCCGUCGGAUUUAGCAGGACGAUAUACAGUGUGAUCCCGCAGUGGAGUCGUCUGAUCGGGGGCGUGUUUUUCAGCUUCUGGGUAUUGGCUCACCUCUAUCCGUUCGCGAAAGGGCUCAUGGGACGGAGAGGAAGAACACCGACCAUCGUCUUUGUCUGGUCCGGUCUCGUUGCCAUCACCAUUUCACUUCUCUGGGUCGCCAUCAAUCCGCCUGCUGGGUCCAACCAGAUCGGCGGAUCUUUCACUUUCCCGUGAUCGGUUCGGGUUUUUCGCGUUCGAACUUCGACAUUCCUUUCGGGUCAGAUUCUUCUGUCGGAUGUGGACAAAAGUGUAGAUGAACCAAUUAUAUAGGGCGGGUGAAGAAACUAGUUCUUUCAUUUGUAUUAUUAUUACAACUAUCACUCCUGUCUUUGCAUGGGAAGUUUUUUUUUCUCUAUUAUAUUUGUUCUUUUAUGACCA